AUGACAUACUUCCACAACCAUCAGCGCUUCGGAAGUCCACAAUACCUCGAACAAACAGGGUCGACAAGAACUAAAUCCAAUAGAAAAUCCGAAAUUGCGCAAUUCUUUGUAGCCGCAAUGCCACUGAUGUACACUUUCUGGAAGAAUGGAGGAGGCGUCAAGCAUGUCUCAGGAGAAUUGCGAAUGUUCAGCGAUGAAGACUCCCCACCAGCACGGCUCUUCUUUGCUCUUUUAAAGACUUUGAAACUGUGUGCUGAGAAUGACAAAGAUCAGCAUAUCGCAAUGAACAAGUUGAGAGCGUGUGUACGGGCUGUGUAUCCAGACGGUAAAGGCUUUGAGAAGUGGCUGGUUCAAGAAGUCCGCAACUUCAGCAAAUCUUGUCCGGACUUGGAAAACAGGGUAUGCCUUGGAGAGAUCCAUCAAAGAUUCUGUUACACGACUUUCGAAUAUCGAGAUAAAAAUCGUGCCAUCUUCGAAACAUCGGAAGCGCUUGUCAGAAAGAAUCGGGCAUACCUCGAACGAGCAAAGUAUCUCGCCAGUCGAAGACAAGACUCGAUGGAAUCAAGCGGCGACUGGACAUUGGUAUAA